AUGAAUUUCUUCAAUAAACCGGAUCCGAAGGAACUCGAGCGAGCCAACAAACGAGAGCUUCGCAAAACGAAUCGCGACUUGGAAUCGGAUCGCCGUCAGAUGGACCGUCGGGAGAAGGAGUUGGAGCAGGAAAUCAAGAAAUUGGCGGCAAAAGGGCAUAACGAUGCGGCACGACAUCUGGCGAAGCAGCUGAUUCAGUUGAGGAAUCAGAAGACGAAAUCCGUUGGAAUGAGUGCCCGGAUAAGUGGAAUUCAGGCUCAGAAUUCUGUGAAAACGAUGAAGGAAAUGAACAAGCAAAUGCCAUUGGAGAAAGUCGCAGCGAAUAUGCGAGAAUUCCAGAUGGCUCAGGAGAAAAUGGGUCUUACGGAGGAGAUGAUGAACGACACGCUGGACUCGAUUCUCGACGCUCCAGGCGACGCCGAUGAGCAAGACGCAAUUGUGGCUCAGGUUCUCGAUGAGAUUGGCAUUGAGAUGAAUUCAAAGCUCGCCAACGUGCCAACCAUCCCGACUCGUGUCGGCGCCGCCAGCGCCUCGACACCCGACGACUUGGAGGAUCUCGAAGCGAAAUUGGCCAAAUUGAGAAGCUAA